CUAGCUUUGUGCUCCUCAACACCUUGUCCAAUAAACAGUCCAGGUGUGGCUUCUAAUUUGGAAUCUUGACUGGGAAUUGCUGUACCGGAAGUUGUCAGGUGCGCGCAGAGUAACCAGGGCAGAGAGACAAAAGCUGUCCAGUUGAAAUUACGAACAUUAGCGGCGCAUCCCGAACCGAUGAUUGGUGGCGUGAGGCGUUUGUCUUGAAGGAAGCAGCGCGCAGGCGGAGGACGAUGCUCGCGUCUGCGCUGCACCGCUAGCGGACGCUGCUCCACCACAGCGUCGGUGAAAGUGGAAAACGUCCACCCUCUCCAUGGUUGGAGCUCUCUCAACUGUCUCAACAGCAAGCUGAAUUCGGGACGAGGUAAGAGCAAACAUGUACCAGCUUCCAGUGGGGAACAUUGAAAAGAUCCGAAAGGCAAGAAGAGCAGUGAAAUCUAUCCUGAGUGAAAUUGGCCUGGAAGACUGUCAGAGUUUUUUAAAGGAUCACAAUGAAACAUCGGUGGAGAACUCGGAAGAAAAUGUUGCUUUUGCUGGAACAGAAUGGUGUGAUAUAACAGAGGACUAUACCCGACCAAGAAAGUGGCCGUAUCGGUCUCGAACACUGUGCUGCGCAAUUUGCAAGUACUCUUCACAAAGCCUCCACAACUUCAGGAGUCACGUCUCACGCUGCCAUGGAGAUGAGCAGUCCGCUUGCGCGCUGGUGCCCUGCUCUCUGUGCCUCUUUGUCGGCCACCCCCGGGCCGUCAAGAGGCACACCAUAUUUUUUCACACCAAAAGCGGCCAACCGGCACAGCUGGCUAGAGAUGGGUCGGUGUCGGCGCAUCGUGGAAAUGAGCGGUAUCAGUGUCGCCGGUGCGGAUUUCCCACCUCUUCCGUAUUUGCUGUGAAGAAACACAUCAUUCUCAAACACCUGGACUCUUUGGCGGAGCGGUUCAUCGGUUUCAGAUUUCAAAGCCCAGGCUCCACUGUUAAGAUCUACUGCUGCAAAGUGUGCAAAGUCAACACCGGGACUCUUGACCAGAUGUUGCACCACAUGCUGGUGGAGCCCACACAUUACACUGUCAACGCGCAGGUACAGACUUUGAUCCAAGAGAAUAAGAACUAUAGUAUUAAAGGUGCGCACAACGGCAACGGUAUGUUUCUGACAUUUCCGAAUAUCGUCCCCAAGCCGCCGCAGCAGCAAGUUUACAACAAUAAGGCACUAGUUGUACCAGCCAACGGCCAACCUGCGGGGGCCAUAUUGACGCUGCAGCAGGUACAAGGUGCGCAAAACAACACAACACUGAUCUGCGCUCCAGGAAACAACCAGACCUUUCUCCCCCCGCAGGCCUCGGCUCUCGUGCAGUUAGCUAGCGCAGAGGCCAAAGGGUUGCUUCAACCUGGCGCGACCAUUGCCCUCCGCAGUGCGUUACCCCAGGCGUCGUCAGUGGUCCAGCUCCCCACCAUGUCUAAUGUUGCCUUCGCCCCCGCCCAGACCCCUACACAGACUCAGAAGCCUCCACAACCCCCGCCACCGCUUCUUCCAACUGGACUUCAUUCUAGCGCGACAGCUCAGUCAGUGCCUGCUCCUAAACCCACUGCCCCUGCUUCAAACGCAGGAGUACUUCCGGUCGGCCUUCCAGGCUCUAUGAUGACCUCCCAGUCUUUACUGAACCAUCUGAUCCCAACUGGGAACAAAGUAAACGGCAUGGCAACAUACACUUUUGCUCCACUGGUGACAGCAAAACCAAGUCAGAACACUGGUGGUCCGCUCAGGCCUGUGGAUCAGUCCGGCAACACCUCUGUCCAAACAAAGAGGUGGAUCACCUGUCCUCUUUGCAAUGAGAUCUUCCCGUCCAACGUGUUUGACAUGCAUAUGGAGGCCGCACACAAAACCAAGUCCUUGUCAUCAAAGUGGGAGAGUGUUGCUGCUCAAGCGUCGUUCCUGAGGAAGAUGGCGGACAAGUCGGUCAAGUGUCUCAAGUGCAGAGUUUUGCUGUCGGACAAGACCGUGUUUCAGCACCUGCUGCAUGGACUCAGCUGCCUGUCCUGCAACAUGUUGUUCUUUUCCAUCAGGCAGCUGGUGGAACACAUGAAGCAGCACAAUUCCUCCAGCAAGGCCUACAGUGAAUUCCUGAGACAAAAGUACAAAGUCUACACCAAGAACAACGGCGGCAUCUUGUUUCCUUACUUUGAUGCCCAGACCAGUGCGCCUGCAGAGGUCGUGGGAGACAAGGAGGUGAAUCUGGUUGUUGUCACGAACUCCCUCGAGCUCAUCUAUGUCAAGCUGCUGCCGAACAACCAACUGGAAAGCUGCUCUUCACCUGCCAAGUUCAACAGCUCCUCCUGCCCCUUCUGUGAUGAGAAGUUUGUGGAUGAGUUGAGACACGUUGAGCACUUGAAACAAAAACACUUGGUAGCACCAACUAUUCAUGCCAUUCUCAAAACCGAGGCCUUUAAGUGCAUAUACUGCAGUGGCGUGUACACUGGAAAGGUCACCCAGCAGGCUGUGAUGGUGCACAUUCUAAGAUGCAGGUGUUCACCGAAACAACCCGCUAAAAUAGUUGCUCCACCACCAUUGCCGCCGCCGCCGCCACCACCACCUCCCCCGCCACCAGCUCCGGCACCAGCGCCCAAACAGUUACUGAAGAUAGCUCCACAAUCUGGUCUCUACUUCCUCCAGGUGCCUCAAGGCGUGACGGUGAAGCCAGCUCUGGCUCCACGACUGGUCACAACUAAACCUGCGGUUCAAACGCCCCAAAACCAAGCCGAGUUGGAGUCGGCAAAGAGGCUGGAGGUUGCGUGGAAGAUGGUGCUGGCUGCCAACAAGCGAGAGCGAGAGGAGAAGGCUGCUUUGAGGAAGAAGCGUGAGCAGGAGAAACUGCAGCCCCCUCCGGAGCCCGAGGUCCAAGUUGACCCGAAAGUGAAACUGAUGCUGGAGCCCACCACUGUGGAGCGACGCAGCAACGACGAUCGGCGGGAUUUCAUAUCGAAAUACUUCAAUCGAAACCCAUACGCAACCAAAUCGGAGACCGAAGAGCUGAGCAAACGCCUGUCACUGUCCAAAUCAGAGCUCGGAGCUCACUUCAGCAAGCGCCGCAGCAAAUGCAUGAGGAACAUGAAGAGACACACGCCGGUCGUCCUCCUGGGCUUCAACAUGACGGAGCUGAGCAAGCUCAAGCACAACCUCAUUAUCCCUGAGCAGAAGCCCGCAGACACCGGGGAGCGAGCCGAUCAGGAGGAGGAAGAGGAGGAGGACGAGGACAGCGGUGGAGAGACGGUCGCGGAAGCUGAAGAGAUGGAUCACAGCCAAAGUUAAAACUUUGCCCUCCAUGACUGAAAAUAAAAACUAACUCAUCAUAGCCUUUUUUUUGUCAAGUCACUCGCAUUCUGCUGUCAGACGUAGCCUUUCCUUGUCUUGAGGAAAAUGUCAGAUCAGUGGUCAGUUUGGAUUUCCAUAUCCACUUAAGGACGCUUUUAUUAAUAUUUAUAUCUGUUCCACGGCAUAAUAUUAUUAAAUUGGUGAAUAUUAAUGGCACUCUUCCACCUGCUAGCUGCACUCCUAUUGUUUUGAAAUACUUAUUUUUGCAUUUUUUUUUGUUUUUUUUUACAUGUAGACUGUUGCUCUCAGCUAGACAUGGAAAAAGGACCUACCUAACUGUUACCUGUUGUUAACUGUACUAUUUAUUCAGGAUCUUCAGAGCACUGAACAGUCAAAGGGAAGUAUACUGGUGGAAUGCUCAACUUGCUGCAGUGAAGCCCAAAUCUAAAGAAUGUACAGUUGCCGGGGUAACCAUAUAAUAAGUUAGUAAUAUCAGUUGGAUGACGCCAACAUAUGACUAUAAUAGAAUUGUGUGGUCCUUGUGUUUCAACAGAAUAUUUUGACAAACGGUUCAGUGCAGUUUUUUUUAUAUAUUCAACCUUGAUUUUUCUAGUAAUCAUAAUUGAUAAAAUCUAUAUUGUGUGUUCAGAGCUGCUCUGUUGGAAAAUAAAGGUGGUCCUCUCGUGACACUUCAUUUCAGUGUUGUU